AUGUCGCUUGUUGCUACUAGAGAACGACGUCCUAAUGCCGGCAAUAGGAUGAGGGAACUUCUUGAACGAGAAUUGGAAAUAGAAGAAAUGUUCGAAGAAGUGGCAAAUGAUGAAGAUUUUAUGAUGAUUCAAGAAGAGGAUGAUACAAUUGAUUCUGACUUCGAUCAAACAAAGAAAUCCAAUUUAACGCCAUUUGCUCCGUUUUUACGCGCAGGAGAUAAAAAAAAAUCUGUAGUAACAUCAAAAGUUGUUCCUGGUCGAGAAAUCAAAAGCGAAUCAACUAAAGUAAUAUCCGAAAAGAAAAAGAAACAAGCCUUUCAAGUUCCUCUCUUAUCCGGAACUCGUUCUUCAUCCAGAACGCAUACAGUUCAAAGUAAACAAAUGUUGGCAGAAAAACUGAAAGAGUAUGAAGCAAGAAAGGCUUUAACUCCAAGAAAAGAAAAGAUUCCUGAAAAGCCAAAAACUCAGGAAGAGUUACUUGCACAAGCAAAAAUAACAGAGGAGAAAAAUUUGGCAUCAUUGCGUGCUUAUGAAGUAAAGGAGGCAGAAAAGAAAAAGACAGUAGGCAAACUGAAUAAAAUUAGAAUUACUGGACCUUUUAUCCGUCAGAUUUCUUAUGUAUGUAGUGAUGAUAAAAGGAAUAAGAAAAGGCCAAGAUUAGUAACGGAGGUUUCAACUGAUGAAGAUGGGAACAAAGUUACGAGAGAGAUACAUAGUGAAAUUGACGAAAAUAAUACAAAUAAUAUGAGCGUUACAAAUGAUCAGGAAGAAAAGGAACAAGAAAGCAGGGAGGCAAGAAAUUUAAUUAUAUUUAAGGAUUUUGAUAAAAAACUUGAAGCUGAGUUAUUUCAAGAGUGGAAGAUAAAUCCUAAAGAAAUUGAAAAGGCAAUAUGUCCCAUUACUGGUGAACCUGCAAAAUAUAGGGAUCCAAAAUCUGGUGUACCGUAUGCAAAUAUGGAUGCAUAUAAAAGGUUACAACAAAUUAGGAACACUCCACAAAUUAUGGUUUUGAUUAAAUUCACUGCGUUAAACGAUUCAAACGUUCUACCAACCGAACAACCAGUAGAUCCACACGAUGCGCCGUUGCGACAAUGCGAAACCUUAUACAAUUUGGCACUUCGGCGCGAUCAUACUAAUGCAAAGGAAUUAUAUGUGAAACUUCUAAAACACGAUUUAAUGAAAAAUACAACGUUUCAAGUUCCAAACAAUGGUAUACCAUUAUCACAACGUAUUACUCGAUUAAAAUACUGUGUGUUAAAGAAUUAUGCAGAAUUAUUAGAACACGAGCAUCAAAUUCAUAGAACUAAAAUCGAUGCACAAAAUGCAAUUGAAUAUUAUCAUAGGGCGUUAAGAAUUGAUCAAUCUGACCAUAGUAUCUGGUUAAAGAUCGGGAAACUUGCAAUGUCAGAAGAGAUUAAUGAUCCCCAAUAUGCUCGCUCAGCCUUAACAAAAGCAUUAGAAGACUUCGAUGUUGCACAAUCGUUUUCAAAUUUUGAUGAAGAAAUGCACGUACCUCCCGUAUUCCUCUCACCGAUCCAUCAAGAAGCUUUAAGAGAAUUAUGCCGUCUUUUGUAUGACAUUGGUGAUUUUUAUGCUUGUCUGCGUGCAAUUGAUAAAGGCUUGAAAGCGGAUCCUUACAAUCAGACACUUAAUCAACUCAGAAUUCAACUUUUGGAGAAUACAUGGGUUAGAUCAUUAUUACCAAACGAUUAUUAUGAAAACUCUCCACCCAUAAUAAGACCUUUAUAUUCGGAGGAUAUACCAAGACGUUUGAAACCAUCCGGAGUGUUUAGUCCAAAUGCAAUGAAAUCAUUGCGAUUUAAUUUGCCAAAUUGUACGUGGAAUGGGCUAGGUGAAUGUUUACUAAUUGUAUAUGACAAAAUCAUGUCUGGUAAGAUUGUCGAUGACGAUUCACUCAUUCCAGUCAAAAGUCGACACAUCAUAAUAGACCUUCAAGGCAAUGUUGUCAAAACUCCGGAUAUGAAUGACGCUAGUGGAACUGCUCAAAGGCGAAAAAGGAAGGAGCCUCCAAAUGACUACAGUAAUGAUAAAACUACACAGACACGAUCAUCGCGUGUUACGUCUAAAAUUACAUCAAAAAUAGACUCCUUUAAUCAAAAACGGAAUAAUUCUUCAUUGGAAUUUCUUGAAAAAAUCGAAUCGAUCAUAGAAAAAGUAGAACCUGGUUAUUUAAUAAACAUUAAGCAGGAAGAUGAUGCAGAAAACGAUAAAUUUCUUUUAUAUUUUAGUAAAGUUUGGAAUCAACAUGUUCUAAGCGAGUAUCAUGGAUCAAAUGUCGAAGAGGCCAUAAACAAUCCGAGGACAAACACUGCAUCUGAUCCUCGAUUCUAUAUGUUUACCCCUCAUACCGAUCCACCGUCACCUAAUUCUUAUUUUCAUGAUAACUACCGAACGCAAGAAUCAUUUGCAACAUUCGUUAAUGACAUAAAUAAUAAAAAUUCUGGAAUUACAGACUAUUUAUGCAUGUACAUUAUACAUUUGUUUGGAAAAUUGGUGGAAACCGAAGAUGGAAUUAAGCCGUUGUGGCUUUGUCGAUGGCCAGAUGGAUUGAAAGAAAUCGUUAGAGAGAUUCUACAAAGGGUAGACAAUCAAUUGUUGGCAAUGAUCGAAAAUACUUGUACUGAUUGGGACAGAUCAGUCAAUUGUGCCAAUGUGAUUAUGGAGGAAAGCUGCGAUAACAUUUUUCAACAAAUGAAGCAAAAAUCCGAGGUCUUGAUGGGCAUAUGCGAAUUUUUAUUUGAUUCUCAAAUAUCAAGGAAUGGUAUUACAACUCCUGAAGAUGCUCAAGAUUCUCCAAGUCGUUGUCAGGAAAUGCCUUCCAAUUUGCAAAUUACUUUAGACAUGUGUAGGUGGUUAAUAUAUCGUUCAUCAUGGAACAUAAUGGAUUUUGUGUCUUAUGCUGAAUCUCAAGGGCCACUAUAUGAAGAGGAUGUUAGGAAAUGGGAAUACCAUCAUAAGAUGUGGAAAAUGUGGUCAAAUCAAUUGAACGCAAGGUAUGCUGCUUCGCCUAUCUUUCGAAUAAAAUCCCGUGAAUGCAUGCUCAAUACUUAUGAUCAAAAUAGAUAUUGGUGGUGUACUGCUCGUAUGGACUUUUGGCAAGGAGAUUUAGAUAAAGCAAGGACUUCUUUUGAUGAAUGCAAGAGGAUCCUCGAACUGGGCGAAUGCGUGGAUAUUACGAUAGCGAAUUGUGCUUUCGAUGCUCAUAUUAAUGUUGCAAUAAUAAAUAAUAAGGUCGGGUCAUUGGAAUCUCGUAAAGAAUUGCCUGAAGAUGAUUGGUCACGUGCAAUUACACAUUUUUCUGAUACGAUCAAAUUUUUGCUAAAUUGGGUUUCUGAUAAUAUUGAUGAAGAUAGGGUGGUUCAAUUUUGGACCACGAUUCAUUCGAUAAAUGAUGCUAUAUCGAAAAUUGCUGAACUCAUGUCGGAAGGACAUUCAGUUGCCAACCUUCCAGAAAAUGAAUAUAUGACAUUCAAAAAACAUUUCCGUAUAUUGUAUAAAACGAGUUUUGAAAUACUAUUUCCAAAAACUGAAGAGAUUGUAAAUGCAGAAGCUGAAUCAAGCGAACCUCUUCAUAUCUUGUGUGCUCGUACAUGGAUCUUAUUUUACCAUUUAUUAAAAGAAAAUUCUUCCGUUUCGAGUGAAGAAUUCGUUGAAUUUUUAGUCACCGUUCAUGAUCAACUAGGGGAGCGUUAUAUUUGCGGAACAGAUAAUGGUGCAUUUUUAAAAUUUUGCAUCAAAGCCUUUACCGAACUUCAUCCAUCAGAAAACCGUAUACACGAAUAUCAAUGCUGCCAUUGUUUAUAUCGAGUCGUUCUCAGUGUUGAUACCGAAGUUCCAUGGGACCAUAAAACCCAGCCUGUUGAACUCGAUAUCAAAACAGCGGAAUUGCUUUUCAAGAACAUUCGAAAUUAUAUUAACGAAAAACCAUUCCGGACAUGGCAGAUCAAGAAUGAUGUCAAGGACACUUUAGAUAAGAUAGCUAAUAUAGUGAUUCCUCCGCGAAGUGACCGUUUCAAUCAAUGUAGCUGGAGGACACAACAUUUCCUUGAUAGUGAAAUUAAUUUUUAUGAAGCCAUUCAAUAUAAAGAACACGAUCAUUACGUUAGCGACCUUGGUGCAGUUUCCUAUAGAGAUGCCGGAGAGGCUAUCACGGAUCUUUAUUAUUUCCGUGGAAAAAUUCUGCAGUAUCAAUUUAAGACCCGUACAAAGGGUAAUCAAACAAAGGCAGUAGAAACAUUGGAAAGGGCUAUAGAACAAUUCACUUAUGAUCUUUCCAAUAAUCCACUAAGGUUCGCUUCGUGGUAUGCAUUGGGAUCUUGUUAUGCAAGUCUUGCUGAUGAAAAUUUAACAUGGAGCGCCGAAGAGAUAAUAAAUAAUCGAGGAAGGAUUGCAAAAUAUCAGAAGAAAUCAUUUCUUUGUUAUGCGAGAGCUGCGAAGGUGAUUACCUGGUUUUCUGGACAGCAAUCGCUAGCAGUACCAAGUGAUGAAGUGAAUUUUUGGCGAGAUUUUGGUUAUCAGGUUUAUUCAAUGAUUACCGAACCUAUGUCAAUGGAAGCAUUUCAAUUAAAUCCCUAUCAUGCUGUGUUAUGGCGCAAACCAAGUUUCAAGGAUGCUUACGCAUUUUCUGCUUAUUGCUUUGGGAAAGCAAUGCAGAAUGAGAGAUAUUUAAUUGAGAAUCAAAGUGAUAAUGGAAAUGGAAUGCCAAUGAUUCAUGAUUGGAGAAUACCUUAUAUGCUUGGCAAAUGUUACCAAAAACUCGAAAAACCACCAGAGGUGGUUAUUCAAUUAUAUAAAUUGGCUGUGGAUCGAACUCCUGAAAAAUCUGGUGUUUCCGGUCAAGAAAAAAUACUCGAUGCUGAGUAUAAAAUGACUUCGACGUUAUCCAAAUAUUUAAUAAAGGGUCAAAUAAAGCCAUCUCUUAUUGAGAAAUAUCUUGAUAUCGAUAUUGAGGGUGAUGAUGUUGCUGCUGUUACUGCCGUUACUGCCGCAUAUAAGGAAUCACAAGAAGAUCAUCUAGAAAACUUUGAUAUAAAUAUACCUGAAUACCGUCACGCGUAUGAUAUUAUCUGUUCUAAACUUGAAGAUAUACGCAAAGCUGAUAAAAAUAAAUGGCAUCAUCGUCCGAUAUUUAGACAUGCACGCUUACUUUAUCGUGUGGAAAAUAAGCCGGAAAUUGCCAAAUCAAUACUAUCACCUUUGUUUCAUUUAAAGUUGACAUCUAAAACGUUUAUGAAUGUUUGGAAACCUGAAUUCGAAAGAUCAGGCAGACACUUUGUUUACGUACACAAAUAUAUACUAUUCUAUAUGAAACUGGCAAAGGUGACAUUGGAUGUUGAUACGUUAAAUAAAAUUUCGGAAAAACUUCGAAAAGCUUCCAAUAUAGUUCUUAAGGACGAAAUAAUACAGACGAAAUUGGCGAGCGCUUCUAAAUAUGUUGAAGAGAUGAUUAAGCAAACUGUUGAUAAAGAAGUGAACAUCCAAAUUAAUGAGGAGGAAAAGGGAAUGGAAAUGGAAUUCGAUGAAAGAGCUAAUGAUCAGCAUGAGCAGCAGCAACACAAAGAACCAACAACUAAUGUUAUGUCUGUGGCAUCCUUAAUAACGCAGGAUAGUGACCCUAUGUUUUUCUAA